CUCCCCGGGCCCGAGGGCGGGGCGCCUCGCCGGCCCUCCCCGCCCCUCCCUCCCGGCCGCCGGCCUCCCUUGGCCAGCGGGCCCUCCUGCGGGCGGCGCGGCACUCGGGCACCGGGCUCGCUCCGAGCCAGAGCCGCGAGCCCGCCAGCCAAGGCCAUGGGCUGCGACGGCCGCGUGUCGGGGCUGCUCCGCCGCAAUCUGCAGCCCACGCUCACCUACUGGAGCGUCUUCUUCAGCUUCGGCCUGUGCAUCGCCUUCCUCGGGCCCACGCUGCUGGACCUGCGCUGCCAGACGCACAGCUCGCUGCCCCAGAUCUCCUGGGUCUUCUUCUCGCAGCAGCUCUGCCUCCUGCUGGGCAGCGCCCUCGGGGGCGUCUUCAAGAGGACCCUGGCCCAGUCGCUGUGGGCCCUCUUCACGUCUUCUCUGGCCAUCUCCCUGGUGUUCGCCGUCAUCCCCUUCUGCCGUGAUGUGAAGGUUCUAGCUUCAGUCAUGGCACUGGCGGGCCUGGCCAUGGGCUGCAUCGACACUGUGGCCAACAUGCAGCUGGUGAGGAUGUACCAGAAGGACUCGGCUGUCUUCCUCCAGGUGCUCCAUUUCUUCGUGGGCUUUGGUGCUCUGCUGAGCCCCCUUAUCGCCGACCCCUUCCUGUCUGAGGCCAACUGCUUGCCUGCCAAUAGCACAAUCAACACCACCUCCAGAAGUCACCUGUUCCACGCCUCCAGGGUACUGGGCCAGCACCAUGCUGAGACCAAGACUUGGUCCAACCAGACACUCCCUGGGCUGUCCCCGAAGGAUGGGGUGGGGACCCGAGUGUCCUAUGCCUUAUGGAUCAUGGCCCUCAUCAAUCUUCCAGUGCCCAUGGCUGUGCUAUUUCUGCUGUCCAAGGAACGGCUGCUGACCUGCCCCCAGAGGACACCCCUGCUCCUGUCUGCAGAUGAGCUCGCCCUGGAGACACAGCCUCCUGAGAAGGAAGAUGUCUCCUCACUGCCCCCAAAGUUUCAGCAACAUCCAGGACACGAGGACCUGUUCAGCUGCUGCCAGAGGAGAAACUUCAGAGGAGCCCCUUAUUCCUUUUUCGCCAUCCACAUCACUGCCGCUCUGGUCCUGUUCAUGACGGAUGGGUUGACGGGGGCAUAUUCUGCCUUUGUGUACAGCUAUGCUGUGGAGAAGCCCCUGUCUGUUGGACACAAGGAGGCAGGUUACCUGCCCAGCCUCUUUUGGGGUUUCAUCACCCUGGGCCGGCUGGUCUCCAUUCCCAUCUCCUCCAGAGUGAAGCCAGCCACCAUGGUUCUCAUCAACGUGGUCGGCGUGGUGAUGACAUUCCUGGUGCUGCUUAUUUUCUCCUACAAUGUCGUCUUCCUGUUCGUGGGGACAGCAAGUCUGGGCCUGUUCCUCAGUAGCACCUUCCCCAGCAUGCUGGCCUACACUGAGGACACACUCCAGUACCGAGGCUGUGCGACCACAGUGCUGGUGACAGGAGCAGGAAUUGGCGAGAUGGUCCUGCAGAUGCUGGUUGGUUCGAUAUUCCAGGCUCAGGGCAGCUAUAGUUUCCUGGUCUGUGGCGUGAUCUUUGGCUGCUUGGCUUUUACCUUCUACAUCUUGCUCCUGUUUUUCCACAGGAUGCACCCUGGACUCCCAUCAGCUCCUGCCCAAGACAGGCCGCUCGGGAUGGAAAGCUCCGAGUGCUACCAGAGGUAAAGCUGGGAGAAGGAGGCAAGCAAAGACUCCCAGCCUCUCAGUCUUUUGAGCACCAAUGUCACCAAGCUGGAGAUGGCAGUGGAAGCAAUCUCUCAAUGAGUUUGUUUAAAUCUUCUCCACUAAUACUUGGCUGGAUAGAAAAAAUUAAAUUAAGUCCUGGCACCUGGGUCCAAAUCAUUAGAAGUUUACCUGGCUGCUCAAGUUACCCUCCUCUCCCCUGUCCCAGAAAUCUGGUAAGAGUUGUCCAGGAUACCCAGGUGGGAAGGAAGACAGUCACAUGCUUCAUUCCACUUGUCACCUCAUGCAUGGACCACACCCUGGGCUUGAGAUCACUCUUAGUUAAAGUUUGAAAAAAAUCAGUUGAAAUUAUAAAGCUUGAUGAUCAUUGCUAUAUGUAGAUGUAUUUUAAAAUUAAGCAAAACAACCCCAUGUUAUUCCCCGGCAUGCUCAAAGGAUUUAUGUGCUUGUCACUUAUUAAUAAUCCAAAGUCCUUCAAAUUCCUGCUGCAUAUUUCAAUAGUUUAUCUAUAUUAUAAACCAUCAAAAGGAAAAGUAAUAUCUUGCCAUCUUUGGGACACCAGUGGUAUGCUGGGUUAGCUCAUACCAGCUUAGAAAAUUGUCAUUUUGAGCUGGAUACAGUGGCUCAUCCCCAUAAUCCCAGCAAUUUGGGAGGCCACGUUGGGAAACUUGCUUGAGGUCAGGGGUUCUAGACAAGCCUGGGCAAGAUGGUAUGACCCCACCACUUAAUCAAAAAAAUAAAACAAAUUAGCUGGGUGUGGUUACAUGUGCCUAUAGUCCUAGCUCCUCAGGAGGCUGAGGCAGGAUUGCUUAAACCCAGAAGAUCAAAGCUGCAAUGAACUAUGGUUAUGCUACUGCACUCCAGUCUGGGUGACAGAUUUGAGAUUCUGUCUUUCAAAAUCAAUCAAUAAAAUUUUCAUCUUGAGAGCUGCUUGUUAAAUGCAGCCGUUAUAUAAAUAUAUAAAAUAUAUAAAUGUAUAAUUAUAUACAAUAUAUUAAAAUAUUCAUAUUUAA